AUGGCUCUGGCCUCUAAAGUUUUUCAAGACAUGUUCACUUGCGCUUCGUCAUCAUCCGAUAAUAACGACGAUAAUAUGACCGAAUUGACGUUGGAAGGGGAAUCCGAAUUAACAUUUGAGAAUGUCAUGUCAUACAUAUAUCCUAACACUUAUGUGUCCAUCAAUUGGAAUAAUAUUGCCGAAUUUUUACGAGUCGCGGACAAAUUUAUCAUGGAUUCACUGGUGUCGGCGGCAAAAACAUUUCUUGAACAAGAAUUUCGUAAGGAACCGCUGGAAGCACUAUACUUGGCUGAUAAGUAUGCAUUUAAAGAAAUCUACAAGGAAGCAUCAAAAUUAGUUCUUGAGAAAUUGCCAGAUUACAAAACAAGGAGUUCAUUCCAAGAACUUUCGAUACAAACCCGUGCAGCGCUGAAUGAACGGUAUGUAAGAUACACAAAUGCGCUGGGGAAGUUGAAUAAAGUUGAUUUCACCUCAGGAUAUUUGCAUUGUACAGAAUGUUUGAAUUCCAUGAAACAUAACAGGGAGAUCAAGGAGAAAUUUGUGAAUAAAGUCAGACAAGUCCAACGAACGAUUACUGACAGCGCAUUCCAAAUUUUCAUCACGAACAGGCGUUGCAUAGCUCGAUCCGUAGCACGUUAUUUACAGUGUUGCGCUUCUGGAAUUCGCGCCGAGCACACAGAAACUGAAAUUUGCAAUCGCGUUAUAUCCAAGUAUUGUAUUAUUAAUGAGGAUAAUAAAGUGAAUCGGGUGUACCAGGAAUCCACAAGUGCCUCAAAUGAACUUUGUUUGUCUUAUUACGUGAAUUUUAAAGAAGUAAUCUAG